AGGGGGUCUCUGUACAUUUUUACCAAAUACUAAUUACAAGGCCGACGACCCCUCUCGCUCCGCUAAUAUCCUCCGAUCCCGAUCAAAAUCGUUCGCUUUUUUGGAUCGAAUUUCGAAAGGCAUGGCAUCCUCCGACAACCCAGAGAUAAAGGAAGUAAGAGUAGAUAGAGAGAACAAGGAGGAAGACAAGGAAGAAGAGAAGGGUGGUUUCAUGGAGAAGGUUAAAGAUUUUAUUCAGGACAUUGGCGAGAAGAUCGAGGGGGCGAUAGGGUUCGGAAAGCCAACUGCAGAUGUCACCGGUGUCCACAUUCCCCACAUCAAUCUAGAGAAGGCUGAGAUCGUUGUCGAUGUUCUGAUUACAAACCCCAAUCCUGUCCCGAUCCCUCUCGUAGACAUAGACUACUUAAUUGAAAGUGACGGACGUAAACUCGUGUCGGGUUUAAUCCCUGACGCGGGAACAAUACAUGCUCAUGGUUCAGAGACCGUCAAGAUACCUGUAGUACUUAUCUAUGACGAUAUCAAGAGCACAUACAAAGAUAUCGAGCCCGGAAGCAUCAUCCCCUAUAAGAUAAGGGUUGCUCUCAUUGUGGAUGUGCCUAUUCUCGGAAGGCUCACCUUGCCUCUAGAGAAGACCGGUGAGAUUCCCGUGCCUUAUAAGCCAGAUGUUGAUGUUGAAAAGAUAAAGUUUGAAAAAUUCUCGUUCGAGGAAACGACUGCCAACCUCCAUUUGAAAUUGGAUAACAAAAAUGACUUCGACUUGGGACUCAAUGCACUGGAUUAUCAGAUUUGGCUCACAGACGUGAGCAUUGGAUCUGCCGAGCUCACUCAAUCCACGAAACUUGCGAAGCGUGGAAUUACUUCAAUGCAGCUUCCGAUUUCUUUCAAGCCGAAGGACUUCGGAUCCGCUCUUUGGGAUAUGCUUAGGGGGAGGGGUACUGGUUAUACCAUAAAAGGAAAUAUUGAUGUGGACACUCCUUUCGGGAACAUGAAGUUGCCCAUCAGCCGAGAGGGUGGAACUACGCGCCUCAAGAAGGGUGAUGAUGACGACGACGGCGAGGACUAUGCUCGGAUACAAAAAACUGUGAAGUGAUAAAGAUACAGUAGAGAUACAAAUACAAGGAUUGCGCGCGAGAGACCUUCUUAUAUUCCUAAAUUUUCACAUCCUAUUUUAGCUUCUUAUUACUGGUUUCUGUUCAUUCAAAACCAUGUGUUAUGUGAUAUUUCUGCGCCAGCUUUUUGGUAUCCUUCUUUCAGAGUUGUAUUUUUUGGUAUUUGGCAUGUGAUUCUUCGUGUCUUGAUUAUAUGUUUAUAUCUAAUCUGAUGGUAAACAGAGAA